UCCUCUUCUUCCCGUUUAGGCGUUUUUCACACAGGGACCGACCCGGCGGCCACUGGCGGAGACACAACGACACGGACUCCCACAACACAUUUAGGAUUUUAACCCGCUUUAGUGUAAAUUAAAUAUUUAAGUGGCAAAUAUGGCAACCGAAAACAUGGAAAUGAACGGAGAUGCAGACAGAGAGCACGGAGGAGAGCUUCCACACCUUAGGGGCAGGAAUCACAGGGCGACGAGGGGUGCUCUGAACAUGAACCACUACGCCAAUAAGAAGAGUGCAGCAGAGAGCAUGCUGGACGUGGCAUUACUCAUGGCCAACGCCUCCCAGCUGAAGGCUGUCCUGGAGCAGGGCCCAGGUUUCACCUUCUACAAACCUCUCAUCACCCUCAUCUCCAUCUCCCUCAUCCUGCAGGUCACAGUGGGCAUCCUGCUCAUCUUCAUCGUAAAGUGGAACGUGAACGAUGAGAGCAUGCACUUCAAGCUGAACAUUAUGGAGAAUGUCACCACAGCACUCGUCUUCAUCAUUGUUGUAGUCAAUGUCUUCAUCACAGCAUUUGGCGUCCAGAAGCCCAACACCAACUCCUAACUGCCCUCACUCCUUACCCAUGGUCAUCAGCUAGUACACAGGCCAGAGAAUUUCAGUGAUCCAGUCUUCCAUAGGCCUCAAGCCAUCAGGUUCUCUGUUACGUCAAAGACAAUGGAUAGAUCAACUCUACAGGACUCACACUGGCCUUUCAUAUCCACAGCCAGUCAACAUUUCAGAGGCAAUUACAAACUCAGAGUUGACCAUCUUUGUCUUUGGCUUUCCAUAUUAAUUUCUCAGGAUCUCAGUCAGAUUCUCAGUUGCAUUAUCAAGAUCAGAAUUUGUCUUCCCCUGGUCAUUUACCCUACUUCAUGAUGUUACGUCACACACUUCAUCAGUUGCUAUUUACAUGCUGUGAGAACAUUACAUUGUUCAUUUAUUGUCUUUUCAAAUAUCAAAUCAAAUGUAUUUAUAUAGCCCUUCGUACAUCAGCUGAUAUCUCAAAGUGCUGUACAGAAACCCAGCCUAAAACCCCAAACAGCAAGCAAUGCAGGUGUUGAAGCACGUUGGCUAGGAAAAACUCCAUAGAAAGGCCAAAACCUAGGAAG